CCUCUGAGUUGCUGACAGCACAGCCAGUGUUUGUCCUUUCCCUGAUUUGAACUGUGUCUCGGAAGGAUUGCACCACACUACACCAGAGAAUACAGAGAGGAUAGACACUGCAGAUAGAACCUGAGCAUCACUCAAGCUGCAACCGCACAACUGUGGGAAGACACCCAGUCCCUUCACAGCAUUGCUCAACACAGAGAAGAUCAAACAGUGAAACCAUCAUCUGGAAAUCGGUUGGGUCAGGGGAGCUUUGACAAAUCAUCUUCACAUCUGAAACUGGUCAGUGGUGUGUAGUCUUCCAUCAGAAAGCGUUUCUGAUGGUCCAAUUUUGGGUGAUCAGUCAGGGUGAGGUUGGGAAGAAGUUGAGUGGUACCAAGUGUGGUGAGAGCUUCAAUCAUUCUUCCAGCCUCAUGAACCACUGACUUAUUCCUACUGGUGAGAGGCUGUUCAAGUGUGAGGAGGACUCCAUAGGCUGAUCGGAUCUUCUUGAUGUAAACUACGCCUGAUGUACAACUGUUAACUCAAGGACACCUUCAUGAAAGAGAAACGCUUCAAGUGCGAGGUUUGUGAUAAAGCUUUUGUAAAGUCUACGCACCUCCUCAUACACCAGGGGAUUCACACAGGGGAGAAACCCUUCAGGUGUACAGUAUGUCACGCAGCUUUCACCCAAUCCUCCAAUCUCCAGACACACCACCGAUUUCACACAGGAGAGAAGCCAUACAUGUGCGAGAUGUGUGACAAAUCUUUCUCACAGUCAUCAGAUCUGUGCAGGCACCAGCGGAGUCACACCGGGGCAAAACCAUUCAGGUGCAAAUUUUGCGAGAUAUCAUUCUCAUUGUUAUUUGCUCUCCGUCGACACCAACGCACUCACACAGGGGAGAAACCAUUUGUGUGUAAAGUUUGUGACAAGUCCUUUGUGCAGUCAUCAAGUCUCCGUGACCACCAACGUAUUCACACCGGUGAGAAGCCGUUCAGUUGUAAGACUUGUGACAAAUCAUUCUCCCGGUCAGCAAACCUCCGAACACACCAACGUAUUCACACUGGGGAGAAACUGUUCAAGUGUGAGGCAUGUCACAAAUCAUUCCCUGACUCCUCGAGACUCCUGCUCCACCAGAGGAUUCAUACAGGGGAGAAACCAUUCAGGUGCAAAGUGUGUGAAAAAACAUUCUCAACAUCAUCAAACCUCCACAGACACAAACGCACUCACACAUGACUAACACGUUAGGAAACCAGAUGAACACCAUGGAUGUGUGACAGAGAGUUGCACUAUCUUUGAAGGAAGUUGAUGCUGGUGCGGUGUGUGAAAUCUUUGAAAAGAUGAAGCAGCACUGGAAGUCAUCAACUCAGUAGAGAAAACUGAAUCUCAUAGACUGAUGCCUUGCUAAGAUUAAGCAAACCAAACAACAUGGUGUAACACUUCAAAAACUGUUCAAAUUCAAACAGGAGGUUGUGCUGUAAGGAUAGUCUGACACCAUCAAGGACACCCUUGUUACUGUGAGGGACCAAUAGACAAGCUGAGAUGAAUUGAUCACCCAAAAUGGCACCUUAUACAAAGGGAGCUGCAUCUUUAUCCCUCAAGAGAUGAGAAAAGGGAGGCUGAAAUACAUCCCAUGCAAUACAUCAAGGAAUUGACUCUAGUCUAAGGACUUUUAAGAGAAGUGCAGUACUGGCCAAACAUGAGGAAGAGAUGAAGGACCACAUCAGCCAGUGCAGUGCUUCUGAUGAAUGUCAAGCUAAGCAAGAUAAAGAGUUGCUCAUUAACUGAUUAUCUCAUCACUGUCCACUGCUAUUCAGGCAGCAGUUAGAGCAUUUGAGAUCAGUAACUCCCAGUGAGAUUAUAGAAUGUCUGAAAGCACACUUAAAUCAUCCUGCCAUUCCUGACAUUGUGAUCUGUGACAAUAACCUCAAUUCACGAGUGAACAAUUCAGUCUUUCAUGAAUGGUUGAGAAAUUCAGCACCAUACAUCAUCUUUAUUGUCAGUCAAAUGGAAAGGUUGAGGCAGCAGUGAAACAUGCCAAAUCAGAAAAAGAUAACUAUAUUCAGCUCACACAUGUACAACACAGUCUUACCAUGGAGAAACAUACCUACUGAAGGAAUGGAAAGCCGUCCAGCAAGUAAUGAAAAACUGCACCCAAAUUACUUUUCCAAUAGAUAAAACAAAACAACUAAGAUCAAAACUGCUAACAGCAGUGCAUAACAAGAUUAAAGACAGAAACCCAAAGGUCAAUUUGAUAACAGUUCCAAAUUGUUGUCAGAGUCUAGAUUUGGAGACCUGGUCAGAAUGAAAAUAUUUAGCAUACUGAGGUUGCUACCUCGAUUGUUCACAGUGAAAGUGAAUGACCAGACCAUCUUUGUUCCUGUGGAUUUUGAACUGUAGCUGGAUAAGUUGCUAACUCACAGCAUGUAGUUCAUGAGACAAAUCUUAUGUAACCAACUGUGUGAGGAACUGAAUGAAUGUCAGAUCUAGAAGACAGUUAAUAUAUCUCAGAUUGGCGGCAACAAUAAUCACAGGAAUGGCACUCCCCACAGCAACAACAUCUUGAAGUGAAUCCAAUGUCGCCUUGAGCCAGCAGAUACCAAAUGAGUAGACAACAACAACUCACAGGCACAACAUAAACAUACCUGCCUGCUGAAAAGACAAUCCUGUUGGAGAGAAACAGAAGAAAUCGGAACUAAUGGAAUACAACAGAUUUUGUUUAAAUGUAAUAAUUUUCUUGCUGGAAUCUAGAAUCUAUAACUGAUAAAUUAUAUGUAUGCAAUUUAUUUUUCUUUUUAUGAAAAAGGAGGAUGAUUUGACUAAUCUCUUUGUUCUGGGGCUUAUCAAACCUCUGUGAUUUUAUGUAAAUAAAGAUUUUGGACACUG